CUGAUUCAAAGAGUCGACUCCUUCGUGAGUGACACAUCACUGUUCACAUCGCAACCCGGAAGUAGAUUUUGGCACCGCUUAUUGUUUGAGAUGUUGUUGUCUUCUCUUUUAACAUGACGGAUGGCGUCUAUUGGACGACUGACCGAAAACCUCUCAUAGAUGUGAUGCGAUGACCAUAAUCUGCUAUUUCUGAUCCAGUCAUCCGUGUCCACUUUAGCGGAACAAACAAGACUGAAUCCAUGCUUUCUGAUGAGCUUGAUUCCAAACCUGAGCUGCUGGUUGAGUUUGUGCAGAACGCCUCCAUACCCUUGGGUCAGGGUUUGGAGGAAUCAGAUCUCAAAACACAGUGUCUACCUCUCCUUCCCUCUUCGGAUAAUUCCAUAUGCAGCCAGCUCGACCUUCCAGAGAGUGCUCUUAGUGAUGCAGCAUCCCCAUCGCUGUCAGAGUUUGGACCAGAACAAAGUCCCCUGGUAGUGCAACUCCAGUCUCACUCUCCAACAACGACCCCACCUGCAAUUCUGCAUGACCUCCAGCAACCAGACAGCACCUCAUAUGUUCUACUCAACCUCGCCAAAGGGCUGGCAGCCUCGACAGAGCCCUUGGUGUUUGUGCAGGAUGAUGUGGACGAGGCCGAAGAGGAAAUUUCUGCAGGGGAUUGUGGAGAUGGGAGUGCCCCAUGGUACCUGCGGGUGCAAGAACUUGCCCACGACAGCCUGAUUGCUGCCACACGGGCCGAACUAGCAAAGGAAGCCCGAGCUAGUAGCAACAGUGAUCAUAUUCUUAACUGCCAGUCAGAGGGGCCAAAAAAGGAGUCGCCGCCACGAAACAGUCGUGGAUCUACAGAGAAGAUUCUCAGGUGCCCUUAUGAGAACUGCCAACGGACUUUCACCUAUCCUGCUCAUCUGAAAUACCACCUGAAAACACACAGGAAUGACCGAACUUUCCGCUGUGGCGCUGAGGGCUGUGGAAAGAGCUUUUAUGUACUGCAGAGACUUCAGGUCCACAUGAGGACACACAACGGUGAGAAGCCCUUCAUCUGUAAUGAGAAAAACUGUGGCAAGAAGUUUACCACCGCUGGUAAUCUGAAGAAUCACAAACGCACACAUACCGGUGAGAAGCCCUUUCUUUGUGAAGUAGACAACUGUGGGCGAUCUUUCGCAGAGUACUCAAGUCUCCGCAAACACAUGUUGGUUCACUCUGGGGAGAAGCCCCAUCAGUGCUCCAUAUGUGGGAAGAUGUUCUCUCAGAGCGGCAGCAGAAACGUUCACAUGAGGAAGCGACACGGAGAGGAUUCACUCGUGUCUGAAAGCAGAGAAACAGGCGAGGCACUGACUCAUAGCAGCUUGCUAGAGGCUGAUGGUGCUGCCACCGACUCCAUGGUAACUAUGACGACUGUGGAGCCAGUUAAUCUUCAUCAUGUGAUGCUGAGGGCACAAGGUCCUACAGACCCCAUAGUGGUUCUGACUCCACCUCAUGACUUGGUCAGCAUGACAGCUGGAGCUCACAGUUAUGGGGAGGAUGUGGUUGCAUUGCUCUAGUAGUAUUUGUAAAUAAAAUAAUUAUUGAGAAUUG